GCACAAAUUCUCAACUGUUACCUCAUCGCAUUCAAUCAUUUUCCCCAGCUCUUCUUCUCCUUUCGCCACUCUCUGAUUUUUUUUUUUUUUUUUUAAAUAAAAACUAUUCGGUAACCUUAAAUUCUCCAACUCACCUAAACUUCUACUCUCUCACUAACAAGAAAAACUUACUCAAACAUUUCACGCGCCGGCUUGGAUCCCGAGACCGGCGUGAUCUACGGCCCUGAUUCAGAGUCAAAAUUCAAUCAGUUUCACAUGGAAGCGAGAGCACCUGAUUAUCCCUAUCCUGAAGUUUUCUCCACUCCAGCUCAUAAAUGAAGGUAUGGAUGAUCAGCAGCAUGUAACAUUAGUUCAAGUUUGUGAUCAAUUGCAGUAACUGCACCUUGAGUUGAUCUCUUUGUGUUUCUGCUACAACUUUGAAAGUUCACAUGGUUUCUUCAGGGGAAGAUCUGGAUAAAUUUGCGUCUGACGAAUCAGAAAAAAGACUGCACCCAGAUAAAAGUCACACUGUACAACAGAUUGAUGGUAGUGGAAUUCACAAGUCAGAAAAUCAAGAAGAAGCUACUACUGUUACCCCUGAGAAAUCUCAGCAGGAUCACAAUGCUGGAAUCCAUAUAUCACAGUUAGAUAAAGAAGGAAGUAUCUCUUCUAUAAUACCACAUAAAGUCCCACAGACAGCUGCCACUAGUUCCAGUGCCUUGCGAUCUGGUCAGGAAGGAAAAACUCCUAUUAUACGUGAAAAAGUUUUAGAGGAUGGAUAUCAUUGGCGAAAAUAUGGGCAGAAACUUGUUAAGGGAAAUGAAUUCAUACGGAGCUAUUACAAAUGUACACAUCCAAACUGUCAAGUGAAGAAGCAGUUGGAGCGUUCACAUGAUGGCCAAAUUGCAGAUAUUGUCUACUUUGGUCAGCAUGAUCAUCCUAAACCUGAACUUAAUCCCCCACUUGCUGUUGGCUUUGUGUUAUCUGUUGUUGAUGAAAAAGCUGAUAAGCCAUUAUCAACUGGCACUGAAGAUCGUGCAUCACAUCUAUUGAAGUCAAAGAGCACCUCUCGGAUUUCAGUUGCUACAUCAAGUGAUGAUGUUAAGGGUGUGCCAUCAGAAUCAAACAAGAUACAAGAUGAGGUUGAUAUUGAUGAUGAACCACACUCAAAACGACAGAAGAAAGGUAACCGUAGUGUUGAACCUACUUCUUUAGAUAAGCUAACAAACGAACCGCGGCUUGUUGUUCAAACUUUAAGUGAGGUAGAUAUUGUGAAUGACGGGUACCGUUGGCGAAAAUAUGGGCAGAAAUUGGUUAAAGGCAAUCCAAAUCCAAGGAGCUACUAUAGGUGCUCAAGUCCAGGAUGCCCAGUUAAGAAACACGUAGAGAGAGCAUCUCAUGACCCGAAAGUGGUUAUAACGAGUUAUGAGGGACAGCACGAUCAUAACAUGCCUCCUUCAAGGACAGUAACUCAUAAUGCAACUGCUCUGGACAUUUAUACAACCGCGAUCCACGGUGGUGAGUCAGGCGCUAAAUCAGGAGAAAGCGAUGGGUUUGUUCAUAAUAGUUCAGGACCCAAUGGAAACUUGAACGGACAACUGAAUGUUAGUGGCUCCGAUAUGGUCGCCCAUUCGAGCUCAGGUCACGCCAGGAAAUCAAAUAAGCUGCAGAAUGGCAAGUCAAGUGAUACAAAAGGAACUGAUUCCGUUGUCAAGGAUACAGUUCCUGAGGGCAGAUCAAAUGAAAAACGUGAUGGUGAAUCGAAAACUGAAUCGAAAGUAAAUUGUGCUGCUUACAGUGUUCAUGCCAUUACUCCUGGUCCAGAGAAUAAUCCAAGCGAGCAACAUUUACCUAAUGCAGAGCCUGUCCAAAGUUAAUUGCAACAGUUUGAUUUUUAGGAGAUGGGAGAACUUAAUUCAGCUAUGUAAAUUAUUACAAUAGAUCAAAUAAUCCUCACAGAUGUAUAGGGUAUCAGAGAUAUCUAAUAUAUAACAAACUUCAUUUUUGACAUAUUUGUACCUCUUUUGUUUAUUUGCUCUUGUUGAGUCGCACCUGUUAAUCUACUGAAGGAAAUUUAUAUUC